AUGACACCGCCAAUGGAACGCAUUCAAAUUUUAGAAUUAAUUGAAAAAGAUAUUAUCAAUUGUUUACAAAGUGCCGGUCAAGUGUUUGUUGAACUUAGUAAAGAGAAAUCAAGUGUGAAACAAGCUGAAGCUCAAACUCAUCAAUUUUUAAAAUUAUUAAGCACUGUUGAAUCAAAACUAAGUGAACAAAUCAAUUAUCUUACUCAAGUUUCUACUGGUCAACCACACGAAGGAUCAGGUUAUGCGAGUCAGAAAGUUUUACAAAUGGCUUGGCAUAGGCUGGAACACGCCAGAAGCAGAGUUAAUGAAUUAGAUCGUAUAAAAAAUAAGCACCUUCAUGGAAGAUCGAACAUUAGAUCAACGCAACCGUUAGCAUCGGCAACUGGUGCAUCAGUUCAAAUUUCAACGUCUAAUCCCAAUUCUUAG